AUGGGUCGUUCAGAAUACGGGAAGGAGGGAGAGGACUGGCGCGGCGGUGACAGUGACAACGAGCGUGGCCCAGGCGCGUUUGUCUCCCUCGGUGCCCUCCCAAAACAAAAGUCACAGCCUGUCUUCCACUUCAGACACAACCAAGAUGAUGGUCCCCUUCCCCUCCUCUCUCCCCCUCUCCCCUCUCCCCUCUCCCCCCUCUCCCCCGCGGCUCAUCCACCCCCAUCCUCCUCUCAAACGAUAAACCACUCAAAUCCUCUCUCAAGUCCUCCUCUUCCUCCCCCUCCAUAG